UCCACCCUCCUCGCCAUUCCUGUAAUGGCUGCUUCCUGGAAGGCGCUGUCACGUGGACCCUCUUAGCCUCAGCAUCCUGAACUGAGAAUUAAACAAAAACCGCUUUCUUUGGAACCUUCAGCCUUUAAGAACCAGUCACCUCAAGAUCUCAACAUCAUGAUCUCAGUUUCAACACAAUUGUUCCUAGUCCUCUUUUCAUUGCUUCUGGUGCUGCCUGUUGUUGAAGCAGUAGAAGCUGGAGAUGCAAUCGCUCUCUUGUUAGGUGUGGUUCUCAGCAUUACAGGCAUUUGUGCUUGUUUGGGGGUAUAUGCACGAAAGAGAAAUGGACAGAUGUGACUCUGAAGGGCCUCCUGAAUCAAACCUUGCCCUGAAAACCUUUGUGCUAUUGAGGUUCAGAACUGAGUUUUGGUGUCUGAAAGUUCUCAUGAAACAGUAAAUAGGGUAGCUUCAUAGUCUUGGUUAUUUCCCUAUAAAUAGGAACAAAUUGAUAUAUUAUGUUAAAUGGAAAACAAAACGUUUUUUUCACAACAAAUAAUGCACUGAAAAAUGCCGUCUGUAAUUUGCAUUUGCUAGUUAGAAAGAAGGUCAAAGAAGUGAGAUGGCUGAACUUUGCAUAAGUAAUAUUUCAUAGUUUCAGAAUUCUCAA